CGUCGUUCUCGGUCGGUGGAUGCGCAUGGUGACUGGAAAAAUCAGUGAAGUUCGCUGCGUUCGGGCCGCCUCGCAGCAGUUGGCUUGCAAUUGUGCGUGUGGUCGUGCGGAACGUCACGAGCGAGGCUCUGUGGAGUACACGCCGGGACGGCAUGCAAACAGCGCCGACGUCCCAGUGAGGAACGUGCGACCGAGGAGCGGAUUUUCCACUGCCGUCGCUCGGGCGUCAGCGGACCUCCGGCUCAACCGAACCUCAGCGGCAAACAGCGGCUUCGCUUAGGCAAGCCAUGCGGGUGCCCAGGUUACGUGGUUGCCUCCUAGGCGGCGUGAUCCUAGCGGAACCUCUCCAACCGCGAUCGUCGGGGCACAUUUCACCCGGUGCCGAGGCGGCGCAGGCGACGAGAUCGAAGGUCGCGGGCCCAUGCUGAUGACUCGCGCGCCGAGUGAUGAGCGGCACUAGCAGCGCCAGUGCAGCAGCAGCAGCAGCUAGGCUCGACGCAUCGUCCCUGGUCUCACCAGCAGGUCCGCAAUGGCGUCGCCCGGCUCGUCGGCGGCCUCCUCCGCGGCUGACUGCGUCAGCUGGCAGCGUGGCGUGCGCACCUCGGCGGCGUCUCUCUGCCGCGGGCACUUCUACAAGCUGGUCGCGGCCACCGUGGCUGCCUUCCUACUGCUCGAGUACAGCUUCAACAUGCUCUCCACCAACCAGAAGCCGUUUAAGGUGGUCUCACCUGGACUCUCUUGGAUUUUCCGGCCAGUUCCUGGUGGCGCACUGCUCCCAGAGUCUGCCAGCCCAUACUCCGUGAACAAAUCGCACUUAGAUAAGGGCUUUCCCACUUCUGCACGUACUGAUAACACCAGCACUGCACCCGCCUUGGAACUCUGUCCACUUGUACCACCUCACUUAGUUGGUCGCUUAAAAGUGCUCAAGGAGGCCCCAUCGUUUGAGACGAUGGAGAAGGAGUUCCCGCACAUACUGCCUGGCGGGCGGUACCAGCCCAAAGACUGUACGGCAAGGCAUCGAGUGGCCAUCUUGGUCCCAUACCGGGACCGCGAGGAUCACCUCAGGGUCUUCCUCUACAACAUGCAUCAAAUGCUGCCCCGGCAACAGAUAGACUAUACCAUCUUUGUAAUCGAGCAGGCUGGACAGGGGAAGUUCAACCGCGCCAAGCUGUUCAACGUGGGCUACCUUGAGGCGCUGGCGUUGUACGACUACCAGUGCUUCAUCUUCCACGAUGUGGACCUCAUACCCGAGGACGAUAGGAACCUCUACACCUGCCCCGAGCAGCCUCGCCAUAUGUCGGUGGCCAUAGACACCAUGAAGUACAGGCUUCCGUAUGCCCUGAUAUUUGGCGGUGUCAGUGCUCUCAAAAAGGAACACAUGCAGCUUGUCAACGGCUUCUCGAAUGAGUACUGGGGAUGGGGAGGCGAAGAUGACGAUAUGUCUUAUAGGCUGCAGCACUAUCACUUAAAGAUUUCUAGGUAUCCUGCGAACAUUGCGAGGUACACAAUGCUAAAGCAUGCCAAGGAUACGCCGAGUCCAGAGAGGUACAAGCUUCUGUACAAAGGGAAGCUACGCUACAGAAAGGAUGGCAUCAACAGUGUAAAUUACGAACGUGUGGACAUUGUGUUUAAGAAACUGUACACGUGGAUUCUUGCAGACCUGAAAGGCAAAUGACCUCGCCAUUGUUCAAUAGCCCUUCUUUUGUUCAAGAAACUGCACCACGCACAUUCUUCCACGUUUCCUCCGUGGAGAUUGCUGCCGCCUUUCAAGUUGUACAUUGCGCAAGUCCGCCACAUUCGCAACCCUUUAUGUCACCUAAAAGGGAAUGCCACCGCCAGUUCCCUGACCGACGUCCAAAAAUGCAGUAGCAAGGACGUCAACUGGGUGCAAGCAAGACAUUCUGUGCCACACGUUGAUUGAACACGAAAGAUGGGACGUGCAUCAACAGUGCAGCCUGUGCUUUUUUUUCUCCCCCGCCUUGUUCAGUGUCGCAAGAUGCAUGCAAUUGCUGCGUGCAAGACUUUGGUGGCUGAUAUGCAAACACACAUAGGACUGUUUUUUCACAAUCCACACUACAAUCUCCAUCCACGUAACAUUCUUUGUUUCUGUGAACGGUGUCAUUCUGCAAGGAAACCCCUUCGCAGCGUUCAGAUUUUUUUUUUUUUUUUCGUUGCGAAGAGUGCAUUGAGUCAUAUAUGUUUCGUUUUAGUGUUUCUUAGACAAGCGCGUGUAUUUUAAUAUGGUUGUCAUACACCAGAACUCGUGAUGGGCCUGCCAAUCCAGCUUCUUCAAAGCCUUGUGUGCUUGCUUCCUUUCGUACGCCGUCACCGUGCUCGACGGGCACCAGUUGUCACACCGCCUCUGCUUUAUAUACAUGGUCCUGUGGUGUGUACCCAUGCCAAGUGCUAGUGAAGAAAGGGACCUUUACCCCAUGUUUUCUUUUUUUUUUUCUUUUACGUGCACCUCUUGAUUCUGAAUUGUAGUGUAUUAUUUACAAUUUUAUGUGGAAAUCCUUUUAUGCAAGAUGGUCAUGUUAGGUAGUUCCCCCUGCCAUUCACUUUUUCUUUAAUGCAGCACAGUAUCUACCAUGAGUGCUUAAGGUGCUUGUAUUCAAGCAUCAUCUGUUUAGCAUUCAACAGACGGUGCUAGCAUCACGCACAGGUUGUCAGAGUACCGAAGGAAAUGGAAGGAUGCUCACAAUGUGAUUUUUGUUCCAUGCUGCCCUCAACAGCGAGAGGUGCAUGCAUCCGUGAUCCAAGUGCUAGUGCCAGUAUUGUUUUUGAAGACAUUGUUUGUUUCUUGUUUUUUUUUUUUAUUUAAGGAUAUGCAAGAGUUACACAGUGCACCGCGCAGAUUAUAUUUUUUGUUCAUUGCCUUUUACAGAUGCCCCAUGAAUCCAAGCUACUUUAAUGAAACGCAAUGGAACGGAUUUCUUAUACGUAACUGACAUGUUAUACCCGCUUGUUGAAAACCUGUUUUGGUUGUUCUGUAAUGUCUGCCAAGUUACCGAGAACCGCUGUGCAAAGUUUGCGUUGUUGCAGUUUCUGAGUGUUCAGACAACAGUUCAUGUGCACAUCCCCUCAUUGUGUCGAGUCCCACUUAAUCUCGUUCAGUGUCUGUGAUGUUCUGAGCGACACUGUCCUUUUAAACAUUUUCUACGUUGCUAGUUGCAAAAAUACGAAGCGGAGGUGUUUUAGUGCUUCUUUGUCUGUCGUGUUUUUGUUCUAAGUGGAUGCCUCGGCAGGCAUUCCCCUCCCAAUUGUUUCCGAUACUUUUACACUUCCAGAAUAUGACAGGCAAGUGUUUUGAAUUGCUGCUGCAUAUUUAUUGCGUUGUUUCAAAUGAGAACAAAAUUAUUUGCAUUAUAAUAAAGCCUGUUUAA